CUCAACUUGAGCUAUCGAGUCAGUAGCUGCCUUUAGAGCUGGGAUAAGUAGGGUAGCAGCUAAGAUUAACUAAAAGGACUCUCCUCAACCCUCAACCUAGAAAUAGAACUCCUAGAAGAAAGAAUCAAAGGUCGAAGGAAGAGGCCUGCCUUAUGAAAGAAUCUCUCUUUCCAUACAUAAGCGACCUAUUAGCAAAUAUUCUAUCCCAUACUAUAUGCUUUUUGUGAACUAGAGCAGAGGAGGUUGCAGAACCAAAUCAGGAGGAAGCCAUGGAGGUUCUCCUAAACCCAGAUCCGCAAGUCGGGUCGGAAUAAAGGCCUUUCAGACCUUGGAUGCUACCUCCCAACAGACAUCACAAGAGGACCAUGUGGUAAGCCUAAGAAUCUGGGACCAAAAGAUAGCAAAUACCCAAAAGGAGAAGGGGCACGUGUACAAACCUAGAAAGGCCCUAUGGGUCGGUCAGGGAGCAAGAAGCGAGAUGCAUGCGCACAGGUGAGAAAUCUGCCGGAUUGCUGCCUAGUGGAAAGAAUACACUCAGUGCUAGCAUGAGUACUAUCUCGGAUACAGUCAAUGGAUCUAGGUUUGCCCUGCAACACGUGGCAGAAGAGGACUCAAGGACAC